GCGAAAGAAGACACGUUUGACGAUAAUACUAAUUAAAGUAAUCGAACAAUAAGACAUUUCAUAACCACGACAUUAUCGCGUUAAACUCGAAUUGAGCAUUAUGGGUAAACCGAAUAAGCCAAAACGUGUUACGCGUGAAAAAAACAUUAGUAAAAAAAAUAAAAUCGAAAAUAAUCUCAGAGGUGAACCCACAAAUAAUCCCGAAGAAAAGCUGGAAGAAAAGCCUGUAAAAGAAUCUAAACUUGUCAUACCAAAAGAGUCUGGAGAGGAAAACGAAAAUCGCCCUGCAGCAGAGCUCGGAAAUGACCUCAAUGCAGCGUUAUUACGAAUGAGCAUCAGAAAUGAGCCCGACAAUGACCCCGAAAAUGAGCCUGAAGAUGAACCCAGAGUUAAAAUCGAAUGCAUACCAUCAUUUAAUUCAAUUACUCUUAAAGAUAUCAAAGAUAUUCUGUACGAAUUACACGAAUACUUUGACGAAUUUCAAAUUGAAAUUGUUGCUUGUCCUGAUUUAACCAGGGAACCAUACAAUUUUGGAUGGCCUGGAAUGUCCGGGGAUUCAUCUAUUUGGGAAAUUUAUACUCGCUUGAUGAUAAGAAUUAACAAUGAAGUAGUACCGUAUAUAGCGGAAGGGAACCAUUUUUUCAGUGACCUAAAACCGGGAAUGGUGCUCAAAAUACGCGCUAAAGGACGCAAAACCAAUUACAACAUCAUAACAUUAAUACAGAAUAUUUUGCAUAAGCGCUUAUAUUUUAAAAUAGGGUUAGGUGGUUUGCUCGUAAUAGAAGGGGGACACAUAGAACUGGGCAAAUUUCUAAGGAAUGGCUCAUCAUGGUACGAUUAUAUAAACUGUAAUUCAAAUACACACGUAUUUAAAGGCGUAAUAGUCAAUGAUCCAGUCAUAAUUGAAGGACAACAUGAUGGACUUUUUUAUACAAAUGAUCGUUACAUGUUUCGCUCAACCUCUGAUAUUGACUUCGGCCGAUUUCUCAACGACAUCACGCCAGAAGAGACAGAAUAUGUUGGUUACUUUGAUGUAGCGGAACGUAUGUUUUAUUAUUAUUAGCAUACUUACUAAAACGUAUCAUUCUACAUACAUUAAUUUAUA